AUGACCAAUGAGGAGCCGGUGCCGUCGACGAGCUGUGUGCUCAGCGCCGCCGAGAAGAAUGUGAAGAACCCGACGCCUCCCUCCUCCUCAAAAAAGCGUAAAGGUCUGGAUAUCGACGCGUUGUGGCGGAAGAAGUUAAAAGAUGUCGAGAAUCAGGUGUCACCGGAGAAGUCGGACACGUCUUCAGAAGGCGGCACGUCAUCAGAAAGUGUCAAGGUGGUGAAGACGACGGUUUCAGAAGAAGAUGAAGAAGUGAAGUCAACGACGUUAGUGGAAGAAGUGAAGAAAGAAGAGGAAGUUGUGAAAAUCACCCCACCUGCUCUACUUCUCCCUUCAAAACAACAACUCCUACAAGAAGAAGUCAAAAAAGAGGAGGACUCACCUCCAGUGUACCGUAGUACUCGUUCCUCCAGAAAAAAGGCCGAAACCGAGAAGACAACGACGACGACUCGAAAAAUGACGGAUCUGGAGGAUGUGAAGCCGAAUAUCAAGGCACUGCAACAACAACAACAUAAGAAGACUCCCGCAUCGUUUCAAUGCUCGAAUUUGGACGAUGGAAGUGUGAGAGAGGCUCAUAAAAAUCAGUUUGAAGCCAGUUGUCCGGUUUGCAAGUAUAAUAAUUCAACAGGAACAAAAAUAACAAUUCUGAGAAAAGGGGAAAAUGGAAAUAAAAAGUAG